AUGUGUUUCUAGGUUGAGGGUCUCCUGCAGUGUUCGGUGGAUGCAGGCAGCAUCGCCACCCAAUGGCUGAGACAGAGCUGCGCAGGCAUGUAUGAGAGCAGCAAGCCUGCAGCUGUGGCUCUGUAUGUAAGUCAUGGAGCUCUGGCUAUGCUCAGCUGGAGAGGAAGAACUCUCGGUCCACAGGCUGAGAAACUGCUGCUGCUCAUACCUGAAGUGCUCCUGUCUCUAGAUACAAGAGUGAAGGAGUCGUGAUGGUAGUGGCUCGAGUUUUGACACUUUGGAGUGGAGCUGCGGUUGACUGCGACCAGGUGGACAUGUGUCCCCCUCUUCUUCGCUUGUCUCUGGUUGGAGGCUCUCCUCUAAUCGCACGCCUUCACCACCACAUUUAUGCCCACUGGGAGCACCCGCUGGAUGGAGUUCGGCACCAGACGCGCUCCUUGUUCCAGAACCUCCUCACGCUCCACCAGCACUGCAGCGACCACAAGUCCGAUCCCACCAGCGACCCUUACAUCACCCAGCUCUCCCGGGACCUUCUAGCACUGGAGUGGCAUAUGAAAGGGAAGUAUGGCACACUGGCCUGCAUGGAGGAGCACUUCGGCGCAGAGUAUCUACUCAAGCUUGAUGGUGGACUGCCAUCCAGACUGCUGGGUCUGAUGGGGGAUCGGACGAUGGAACCAUAUGCCAGCGACCUUCUGGAGAAGCUUGUCAGACAUAAAGCCCAGUUGUGUGCCCGGUUUAGGGAUGGGGAUGUCUGGAUAGAUGGGUGGCAUGAAGUUUGGGUGAGGCCUCUGCUGCAGGUACUGUGCACAGCUCGAUUGGAUCAAACAACUUAUAUGCUUGACUACUUUCUGCCCAAACUGCUACGCUGCAACCCCUCCAGCCUUAGCCACAUGGUACAGGCCCUGCAGGAGAUGCCGACUUGCACAGAGGCUGGCAGCAGAGGUAUGUUGGGGGCUCUGAUGACGUGUCUGCGUGCCGCCCGGUCUCAGGGUGUUCUCAAGUCUGUGGAGGAAGAAUUGUGGGGUGGCCUGGUGCCGCUCCCACUAAAGCGACAGGCUCUGGUGCACAAACACGAUCAGGUGCGAAUGGAUGCUCUGGGUUUGAUAUGUGAGAGCCAUCGCAGCACGGAAACACUGUCCAGACAGGAAAUAGAGCUAAUCUGCUACUUCCUGCCCUUUAAUCUAAACAGUCAGUCACCAGGAGUCAGACAGCAGACUGUCAGUCUGUUAAAGAAGCUCUUGUGUAGGGUGAAGGACAGAGCUCAGCUGCUGCAAAAGAGACUGGACCAACAUGACGACCACAAAGACCAGCAAGUCCUCAACAUGUACCAGGUAGUACUGUGAUACUAAGUGAGCUGUAAGAGAAACCAGAGUCCUGCAAGCGAACCAUAACUGGUGCAGAUCGUGGAAUCAGUAGGCACGGGUGGACUGCGGGUCCAAUAUCCAAGACUACUUCGACUCCGUUCGGUACCUGCUGAUAGGCAGUUGCUUUCAAACAGUCCUGUGCUUAGUUGUUCAUGCUCUGCGGUCUGAAGACUGUCAAAGGUUUCUAUUUACAGAGUGAUUUGCAACAUUGAGUAUUGUAGCCAUUCGCACUGCAGCUCAAAUUAAUGAGAGUUUGAUUAUAAAGGGAGCGCUCUUUGCUCGCUUUCUGUAUAUAAUCUAUCCACACAGACACUGCGGAGUUUCAGGAGAGACAACGUAAAACAAACGUAAAAUGUA